AUGUCCUCCGCAGACGCCUCCGACCCCCCACCGACCCAGUCCUCCGGCACCGCCGAAGACCGCAAAGCCGCCUCCGCCCUCGCCGACCUCGACGCCCCUGCCUCCUCCGCCGCCGACGCCUCCUCCGCAAACAACGUCGACCACGAGGCCGUCUCCAAAGCCGUCUCCUCCCUCCCCGCCAACAAAACAGCCUCUUCUUCCUCUGCCACCACCACAGCUCCCGGCGCUGCGGCCAAGAAGACCGUCAAGGUGGAUGCCGCUGACGUCGCGCUGCUCGUGGACCAGAUCGAGGUCACCAAGGCCAGGGCCACGGAGCUGCUCAAGGCGCAUGAUGGGGAUGCUGUCGCUGCGCUUAGGGCUGUCGCGAGGGGUUGAG